AUGGACGACGAUGACAACCAUUUCGAGAAUCUCGAACAAGAAGACGAAGAGUUGAUCUCAUUCUUGAAAAGUUCGUUGGAAGAUGCUGGAUUCAAGCCCCUCUCGCAACGUGAUUUGGAUCUCUGCGAUGCCCUCAACGUUGGAUAUUUGCUCCGAUUGUCCAUUGUGGCCGACUUGGAACAAUUGGAUCCAGGAAUUGCCAAGGAAUUCUAUCCAGAACUAUACAAUAAUGAUGAUGAAGGCGACGAGGGAAAACUUUUACCAAAUAUGGAGUCUGAAAUUUUGUUUGGUGGCCGUUGUCUCGUCUUUUGGCGGGGGUACUCGCAAGAGGUUACGACUGGUCGUCUCAUUCUUCCCAAACUAGACUAUUUGCAAACCAGUUUGGUCAGGAGAUCCGCUGCCUGGGUCAAAAGAAGGCUCGACUUUGUGGAACAAAAAUGGCUCCAUAAGGCCAAUCAACAAUCCAAAAAAAUCAAAAGCAAGAUUGAAGACUGGAAAGACAGCGUCAUUCCCAAAGAGUUGAGAACGGAACAAAAUGACGAAACAACAGAAUCGGAAAUCAAAUCCUUGUCGUCAUCGAGCAAAGGAGGAGUCCUUGAUUUGGGUCGUUAUGGAGGAUCUGGACUGCGCUUUGUGGGAUCUCCGGAUCCAGAUGAUGCCUUGGAUCCAUUCAUGGUGUGUGAAAUCCAAGACUUUGACGACGACACAACGCCACCUGCUGCUGCAACCAAUGGAACUGCACAAAACGGCAUGAAUGCAGCAGCAGCAGCUACAACGACAGUGAUUGAUGCCGAUGUGGAACAUGAUUUGUAUGAAAAGCUGAACCACCAAGGCUAUCUUUGCGAGUACGACAAGCAAGUGGAGGGUUCUUUGGCGCCACGAAUAGGAGGAGGAGGGGGAGGAGGCUCGCCUCACAAUGCUGCUGCUUACACACCGCGUGUCCAACUGCUCGAAAGAGUGAGUAUCAGCAACUUGGUCAACAUUUUCACAAAAUAUGGCCGGCGAACGUUGAUUUCUACCAUAUUUGGAAAGUCGGAACUUGUGGAGCCAACCUUUGAAGAGGUUGUCGUUGUCUGGAAACCAUUGCCAAAAGAGACGAAACGAUUCUACCCUCCAAAGUUUGUGAGCGAUCUGGCGGAUAUCUUUGACAUUGAAGGCUUUGAACAACCUCCGAAACGGAAAAAUCAAUCCUUCACCAGCAGUCUGAAAAUACGAAACUUUCAAGGAGUACCAAUGUCUAACAUUCAAGGUGUAUUUCCAAAAACAAAGCUGGUGUUUCGUCCGGCCGAUGCCCUCCUGUUUGAUACUAUUAGUAUUGCAACUUUUGCCCUUGUUCUUGGAUCCAUCCGUUUGGACAGUCCGCGACUAGAUCUAUUGGCCCUCAUCUCUGUGGGAUUGUGGAUCUUUCGAACGGUGAUUCGGUACUCGAACAAGUUGGCACGGUACGAUUUGUUGGUCAAGAACUUUCUAACCUCCAAAAUAUCGCAUCGGAACGAAGGAGCAUUGAAAUACCUCAUGUCGGAGGCUGGUUUGCAACGUGCAAUUCGAUCUUCCUUGGUGCUAUCGUGGCUGGAGGAUAGAUUCAAUGGCACAGAAACACAGACACAGAGUGAUGACUCGGAUCUUUUGAGCUGUUGUAUCGACGAAAUCAACCAAGCACUGAAUAUUGAAGCGGAGGUUGAAAUUGACGUGGACCGGGCAUUGAAUGAUCUGAAAGAUUUAGAUUUGGUUCGGUUUUCCAUCGAGACUGGAUGCAUAUCAGAAGUCACCAACAGCACCGAAAGUGCCAUUCGCGUAGAGCAAGCUUGGUCCCAACUCCUACUCGAUCGCAAUGCAGGAAUGCCACAACGGAAGAAGAAGAAGCAAGACAAGGAAUCGGAGGAAGGACAGAGUGACAUUGCCAAUAUUAUUGCCGCAAACCUACUGACGAGUCUCGAAGAAAAUCGGGGUCCGAUCCAAAAGGCCAUCAAGGCAGCACGAAAGCAGGGUUACUCCAAAAUGAAAGAAGUAAUCGAAGAUGACGACAAUCGAAAGCGAUUUGAAUCUGCUCUCCAGAAAGCAAAGAUGAAAGGAUACAGGGGCUACACCAAAGUGAAGGAUCUGAUCAAGGACAAACGAAGUAUGGACCUUGUCGAAGACGCUCUCCUCAAUCUCCAACAGAUAGGCACCGAUGAAGAUUCGGAUUCCAACGGUGGUGAAGCAUGA